AUGAAAUCUGCAGCCUCCAUGGCCGGCGGUGACCAGUUCUUCAAAGCAAACAACAAAAAGGUGGUGGAUUCCUCAAAGGCUAAUGCCCAUGCAUUCCCUUUUGUUAACACCAUCUUCUUCACUUUCUUCUUCUCCAUCGUCUGUUACCUCUUCACCAGCUUGCGCCAGAAGAUCCACACCGCGACCCCUCUCCACCUCACCUUAUCGGAGAUGGCCGCCGUCGUCUGCUUUGUCGCCUCCUUCAUCUACUUUCUUGGUUUCUUCGGGAUGAACUUCCUCCAGUUAAUGCCCUUUCUCGAAGAAGAAGAAGAAGACGACGAGGAACUCGAAGAAACAAACAUGAAGGAGACCCUUGUUUCCACUAUUGCCAUUGACUGCUCCACGACGACGGAAGACGAUGAGAAGGUGAUACAAGCAGUGGUUGCCGGAAAAACACCCUCUUACUCACUGGAAUCAAAGCUUGGGGACUGCAAACGUGCAGCGUUCAUUAGGAGACAAGCGUUGGAGAGGGUAACAGGUAAGUCUAUUGAAGGUUUGCCACUAGAGGGUUUUGAUUAUGAAUCGAUAUUGGGACAAUGUUGUGAGAUGCCAGUGGGUUAUGUUCAAAUUCCGGUGGGUAUCGCCGGACCGUUGUUAGUUGACGAGAUGGAGUUCUGGGUGCCGAUGGCAACUACAGAAGGGUGUCUUGUGGCUAGCACCAAUAGGGGCUGCAAAGCCAUCAGUGCCUCUGGUGGUGCCACCAGUGUCCUCCUGAAAGAUGGGAUGACCAGGGCUCCAGUUGUGCGGUUUGGCACCGCUAAGAGGGCUGCAGAUUUGAAGUUCUUCUUGGAGGAACCACUUAAUUUCCAGACUCUGGCUUCUGUUUUCAACAGAUCUAGUAGAUUUGGGAGGCUUCAAAGCAUUCAAUGUGCAAUAGCCGGAAAGAAUCUAUACAUGAGGUUCACUUGCAGCACCGGAGAUGCAAUGGGGAUGAACAUGGUUUCGAAAGGUGUUCAAAACGUUUUGGAUUACUUGCAGGCCGACUUCCCGGACAUGGACGUCAUCGGCAUCUCCGGCAACUAUUGUUCUGACAAAAAACCGGCAGCCGUGAACUGGAUCGAAGGUCGAGGCAAAUCAGUGGUGUGUGAAGCGAUCAUAAAGGAGGAGGUGGUGCAGAAGGUGUUAAAAACCAACGUAGCUUCGUUGGUUGAACUGAAUAUGCUAAAGAACCUCACUGGAUCCGCCAUGGCUGGAGCGUUAGGUGGGUUCAACGCCCACGCCAGUAACAUAGUUUCGGCGGUGUUUUUAGCCACCGGACAAGAUCCAGCCCAGAAUGUAGAAAGCUCACAUUGUAUCACCAUGAUGGAGGCAGUGAACGGCGGCAAAGAUCUUCAUGUUUCGGUGACCAUGCCGUCGAUUGAGGUGGGGACGGUGGGCGGUGGGACGCAGUUGGCUUCACAAGCAGCGUGCUUGAACUUACUCGGCGUCAAGGGUGCAAACAGAGAAUCGGCUGGAUCGAAUGCACGACAGUUGGCGAAGGUGGUGGCGGGAUCGGUUUUGGCCGGAGAAUUGUCAUUGAUGUCGGCGAUUGCUGCCGGCCAACUUGUUAAGAGCCAUAUGAAGUACAAUAGAUCCAACAAAGAGAUUUCGAAAACUUGUGAUGGAUUUCUUACUAAUUUUUGA